CGGCACAGAUGUGCUGCCUGUCGUUGCGUUGUCCACGCACAAUUAGAAGUGUUCUAGCAACAGAUCGAGAUCAACCAUUAACUGCAUCUCUUUCAGGAUACCAUGUCAGCCCAUUAUGGACAGUUUCCCCCUGAGAGGGGACUGUCUCCUAAUGCUGUGGAGCUCGGACGGCAGAUCACCCUGGCUAGACAGCUCUUGAUGAAACAGAAGCAGGCCGAAUCCAGAGCAGAUGCAUUUUUCAAGAAACGCUCUUCCAUGAGGCCGGCGGCGCAUAUCUUGCCAAUGAAGAAGGAUGAUGGCAAGAGUGGAAAGAGUACUACCUUCUUGAGUGUGGCUGAUGAUGAAGAUCUAGAUGAUGAUAUUUCUUUGCACAAGCCAGGAGGAGAUAGUAGCCGUAGUCCCUACUCCGGGAUGUACACUUCACGUAGUGAGAAACAAAAUCAACAGAAUAAUCCUCUUGGAUUAGCAAGAAAGACUGGUGAUGAAUUGCUUGAGAAAUGGAGAGUGCAGAAUGAGAUGAGAAGAUUGGAAGGUAAGCUUCAAGAGAAAACAAAAGAAGUAGCCAUGCUGCAAACACAAGUCAACCAUACACUCAGAGCAGCUCAAAGUAAAGAGAGGAAUUUAGCCACAAUGAAAGCCGUAUGGGAUGAGACAGCCGCCAAGCAGUCUAGAGCGCGGCAGCGGCUACGCCAUUAUAUAGACGACCUGGCUGAUAGGGCCGAGAAGGCAGAAAAUCAGGUGGAGGACUUGAAAACAUCACUGACAUUAUCCAGAACUGCUUCUAUUUCGAGAUCCAGUGAUGGUUACAAAGCAAUGGACAGACUUGUUCCCUCACACAAUCACUAUGUACCUGACCCAAAUACCACACUCAGUAUGUCCAGAAAGACCAUGCCACACCAGUAUCCUCCUGAAGAUCAAUGCGGACUUCCAAGAAAGCCUUUAGGCAGAGACGGACUGUACCUGUCCCAAGGCCCUGAACAUGGUCUUAUGGCAGGACCGGUAGAUACCGCCAAAUCUUCCUCUGGAUACAGUCACCUGGUUGAAGAUCCCAUUCAGGCCAGCCACGCUCCGGAAGUCAGUCAUGUGCCUCACCUGCAGUCAGCUGCGCAAAGGACAGUGCAGAAUGCUUCAUAUGAAACCCCUUCAGCCAGUGUGUCCUUGGGGAUACCUUCAGAUGGUGGAGACCUAUCGGCUUCCCAGUGGCCCAAGACAUCAUCCUACAUCCCAGCAGCAUCUUCUAUCAAUGACAGGGAUCCCAUCUUCAAGGAUGAGAACAACUGGAAUGACAUGGACUUCCUGGAGGAAGUCAUGGAGGAUGUGAUGAGGAAACGUGAUGAACAACAAAGACAAAGUCACCAUGACAACCCACGUUCCUCACCUACAGCUGUUAGCAGAGGCUUCUCCCCUCUUCCUUCGCAUGGUGUUGAUUAUUCCCGUCGGAGUCCAGAUUAUAGGUAUGAUGACCCCGGAGUCGUGGAUCAAGAGAGUGGAUCUGAUGUUUCAGUGACAUCGGUGUCUCAGUGGUCGGAGGAAGGACGUGCAACUUAUCACUUUCAUAGAGGUAAAUUCUUACAUCAUUUUGAGCCAAGAAAGCGACGAGUAAUCCUCUUCCUAGUCUUUUCAUACCUACGAACCUCCACCAAAUUGAAGUGUGCUAGUGUGUGCAGAGAAUGGCGGGAUGUAUGUCAUCAACCGGAAUUGUGGCAGUAUGUCCACCUUCGUAGCAGGCAGAUAUCCUCCAAGUUUCUGAAGAAUAUAUCUGCUUGGUGUACACAACUGAAGUGGCUAACCCUUGAAAAGCUUUCAUCCAGAAACCGAAGAGAUGAUGAAAGUCAAGAUGUCUACCUCAAGAAAAUCAGAGGUUCCUUAGAACCAGGACUUGAAGCACUUUUACAAUCAGCUGGCAGUGAUCUUCUUACAUUCAAGAUUGUUGAUUGUCCGUACAUUAUUACUGAAAGGGUCCUUUGGCUUGCCAGCUGUCAUUGUCGAAGCCUUAUGAGCGUGACAUACAUCAGCAAGACAGAUCCCGUGGGGUCAGAGGUCAUCUGGGCGCUAGGAGCAGGGUGUCGUCAGAUUCAAUCUCUAAAGAUACCACCGAAGCAUCCCUGUGAGAAACCUAAGAGGUUUAACAGUGCCUGCGUUGCUAUGAUUGGACGCUGUUGGACUCAACUCAAAGCCCUGAGUGUCGGGGGACCCAAUGUCAAAGUAGAAUCACUUUCAGUUGUUGUAAGAUCAUGUGCCAAACUACAGGUGCUUGAAUUAGAUCACAUGGUCAAGAUAACGGAGGAAAAGGCAGUGGAGCUGUGCCAAGAUGGAUUACGAGGUCUCCAUACUCUUAUUCUUAGACAUACACCCAUCACUCCUUCAGCUAUAUUACAUUUCAAUGGUGCGUGUCCACAGCUGACCAGGAUCUCGGUCCAUCUAAGCCUGUCCGAUUUCUUCCCUUUGCCUGCUAGUCCUGGACAGAGAAAAGAAUUCAGUAAGGCGAUUGAGACGCUCUUGGUUUUAAGCAAGAAAAGGUCUUUAGAAAACACCCUUCAGGUUAGAGCAGACUACAAGUAAAACUUCCAAGUAUUCCUCCUUCAAUGUCAUUCCCAUCCCUGGUUCCAGUUUCAUAAAACAUUAAUGCCAACAUUGAUGUUAACUUUGCUAUCAAUUGUCAUUACCAUAGCAACCUUUAAAUGUAUCCCCCGAACAGAGUUAGGAGGAUACUAUGGAUUGGGCCUCGUCGCGCCUCGUCCGCCGCCACAGAGAUUUCCUUGUGAACGCUUUAUCAGCUGCAUUUCUUCUCAAAUCAUCUUCAAAUUUGGCAUGAAGGUCCAUUAUGGUAAAGCUAAGCCGCCUAUUGAUUUUGGUGUGGGCUGAAACAUUGUUGCCAUGGUAACAGGAGUUUUUGUCUCGUCAACCAGAGGGAAAGGCGAGAGUGAGGGAUCCAAACGUCUCAUAACAUACAGUGGUGCUCAAAAUUUAGUGGACCCCACCAGAAAAUGAACACAUUUAAAGUGUUCAAGUUCUGCCAUGUUUUAGAUAUUUAAUUGUGAAAUCAGGUUAUAUAAAAUUAUAAUAAUCAAUAAAGUUAGUUUCCCUGUUCACGCUGAAUAUUGUAGUGUUGCUGUCUAUGCUCCACACUCGGCAUAAAGGAGUGCAUUUUGUGGUGGGUUCUACUAAGGUUUGAGCAUAACUGUACAUUAAAAAUCUCAGGAACAGAAUACUUUAUGAAACAAUCCACUGGUUGUCAUUUACAGAUAUUCGUGAAUUUGAUUUUCAGAUCAUGGCAGUUUGUUUACCUGCUUUCUAGGCAAGCAAAACAAAUGGGAAACUUUUGUUCAAGAAUCGAAUGGUUGCCUCUACUUUUCUAACAAUGAUCAGAAGUGCUAUAAUGUGUAGGUGCUGAAUAUAGAUGUGACCAGUGACCCCCAAACCAGCAAUAAGUCACCUUAGAAAGUUAGCAGUAAUAGCUCAAAUAGUACUUUGGUCUUCAAAACAUGAAAAUUAAAAAUUAACGGACCUGAAAGCGUACUUCUUCAUACUGUCAAAAUUUACACUGUAAAGUUUAAUCAAAGCUGAGAUACAAUAGUUUCUCUGACAGCACUUAUUCCUGGCAGCUUUGAAGUUUCACUGGGAUUGCAGUGUGUUCAUCUCAUGUUUGAGCGAACCUGAACUUCAUUCCUUGUUUUUCCUUUAUUCUUUUUGCUCAUUUUGAACUUCUUCAACAUUCAGUCAGGUACUCGAGUGGGUUAUUGUUUAUGAAUUUUGGCAAGUUAUAUACCUUUUUUUAAAGCCUAGGAUGUGCUUUUUAAAGAUCAAUAAAAAUCUCAAAAUUCAUUUUGGGAGACAUCGUUGAUUUCGUGGUUGCUGGUCACACAAAUUGGUGCUUAUGAUCCCCUCCACCUUCAUUCCAUUUAAAUCAGUGGUGCUAACGUGCUUUUAUAGUUUCUUUGUUCAUUUAUCUAGAAAUCUUUGAAGGAUUGUACUUCAUUUAGUAAAUGAUUCAAUUAACUGCAGAGCUGCCAAGUAGUACUGAUUUUCCGUAUUUAGUACUGAAAAUAGAGAAUACUGAUGGUUCAUGCAAAAUACUGAUUUCUUAAUUUUCAGU